AUGGAAAGUUUGCGGGCUGGCUUCUCGGCCGCUCUGCGCCUCGGUGGCCGCCCGCACCCCGAGUGGAAGUGCUGCCAGGUGAUAUUUAUGCCCAUAUCUUCACAUCCGCUAUCUCAGGUCCCUUUAAAUGAAUACUUCAGGGAUUUUGAUGCCACUUGUUGGCAGACCAAAUGGCUUUUCCUACGCAAGCGGCGCCUGCAGCCGGGGGACGGACAGCACCGGCGUUGGCUCAAGGCCGCCUUGGCGUCGUGGCCAGCGCGGGCUGGGCGCUGCCCCGUGGGGCCGGGGGUCUUCGGGCUCGGCCGGGGGCAGAUGCUGACCGUCACCUGCAAGCGGUUAAAUGACGAAAGCCGCUACUGGCAGAGGCUGAAAGAGCAGAUCGGGAGGCAGGCGGAGCUGGCGGGCAUCGCCCUGGAGGCCAAGGACUUGGACCGGCUGGCCGAGAGCCCCGAGGCGCCCCGCAUCGUGGGCCGGGACCUGGAGGAUCUCAAGGCCAAGCAGCACCUGGCCGCGGCCCAGGCGUGCCAGCGGCAGCUCCUCGACCUGGAAAUGCAGAUGGCGGAGCUGCACGGGCUCUUCCUGCGGCUGGAGGGGCUGCUGGCCGAGCAGCCCGGGGCUGCCGACAGCGUGGAGCACUACGUCCUGCGCACCCUCGACUACGUCGCCCAGACCGGCGGCGAGGUGAAGAAAGCCUUCAAGUACCAGCGGCCGUCGCGGCUCUCGGCCCUGCUGACGGCUGCGCUCAGCCUCUGCGCCUGCUGCACCUGCCUGCCCUGCCUCAGUGGGGCCGACCGAUGA